AUGUUCUCCAAGCAGACUCUACUCUCCCUAGGCCUCCUGGCUCUGGCCUCGGCCCAAACUAUCACUGAGGAACAACCCACUGAGGCUGAGAUCCAGGCUGCGCGUGCCUCUGUCCUCCCUUACUCUCCUGUCACCAAUGUCAAGGGUAAGGCCUUUGACCGCUUCGUGAAUAUCUGGAUUGAGAAUACCGAUUUCGAGACCACCGCCAGCGAUGCUAAUUGGGCCAAAAUGGCCAAGGAGGGCAUCCUGCUCACCAACUACCACGCCGUGACCCACCCCUCCGAGCCCAACUACGGUGCCUCCGCCGCUGGUGACACCUUCGGUAUGGACAACGACGAUUUCCACCAGAUCCCCGCCAAUGUCUCCACCAUUGCCGAUCUGUUCGAUACCAAGAAGAUCGCCUGGGGUGAAUACCAAGAGGACAUGCCUCACGCGGGCUACCAGGGUUACCGCUACCCUCUGUCCGGCGCCAAUCAGUACGUGCGCAAGCACAACCCAUUGGUUCUGUUCGACUCCGUCACCAACGACGCCGUUCGUCCUCGCCAGAUCAAGAACUUUACCACCUUCUACGAGGAUCUGAAGCACCACAGCCUGCCCCAGCACUUCUUCAUCACCCCCAACAUGACCAAUGAUGCCCACGACAGCAACAUCCACGUUGCGGGUGACUGGCUGGACAAGUUCCUGCCCCCUCUGCUGAAGAACGAGUAUUUCAGCAAGGAUACCCUGGUCCUUGUUACCUUUGACGAGUCGGGCAACUACACCGUCCCCAACCGUGUCUACAGCAUUCUGCUUGGUGGCGCCGUCCCCGAGCACCUGAAGGGCACCACCGACAACACCUUCUACACUCACUACUCCGUCAUUGCUUCGCUGUCUGCCAACUGGGGUCUUCCCUCUCUCGGACGCUGGGACUGCGGUGCCAACCUCCUAAAGCUGGUCGCUGAGAAGACUGGCUACGUCAACUGGGAAGUCGACACUAGCAACCUCUACAUCAACGAGACAUACCCCGGUCCCCUUUCGGACAAUGACUACUCCGAGUAUGAGUCGUACUGGCCGGUCCCUGCCACUAAGGGCGAGUGCUCUGCUGGUCACGGUAUCCUUGAUAUCGUCAAGAAGACCUACCACGGCCGCAAGGCCACCUACAACUACACCACUAGCCCGAUUCCCUAUGAUUCGGUUAGCGGCAACAGUGUUGGCAUCAAGUUCCACCGCUCUAUCCACGGCAAGGAGCAGACCGGCAUUACCGCUUAG